AUGCCUUAUAUACCUUUCCUACCAUUCAUGGCCUGGUCCCUUAUUCAUGCUGCAUGGUUGCACUAUGUGCUGGCGAUCAUCAACGCCCAUGACUGGACGAUGAGAUAUGUGACGACCUUCGCCACUGAGAUCUUCUCACUGCUGAAUAGCAUCAUCUACUUCCACAAGGCCAUUCAAGAGCUGGAGAGAGCCCAUGACAACCUAUCCUUCGCCGCCUUUCUAUAUGCCGUCAUCGGUGCCGUAGGGACAAUGUUACUUGCCAUUUUCCUUUCCACUGCCGAAAGCUGGCGACCGCUGUUCCAUCGAUAUAUCCGGAUGGGCCUGGCUGAGUAUGCCGCCGCCAUUUCCAUCAUCUUAUUCAUCGGUCUGCCUUAUAUCGGCGAACUAGCGGAUCUCGAUAAAAUGACACUCGCGGUCAGCCACUCUUUCGAGCCCACCUCACCGGAUCGCGACAAAUUCAUCGUCGAGUUUUGGACCCUCCCCGUCGGCUGGGUGUUCGCCGCCAUCAUCCCAGGCAUCAUCAUCACGAUCCUUUUCUUCUUCGACCACGAAGUCAGCUCCAUCAUCUGCACCAUUGACCGCUACGGCACCAAGAAACCCGGCGGCUUCGCAUGGGAUAUCAUCCUUCUUGGCACCACGACCGCGCUCUGCGGUAUUUUAGGAAUCCCCCCGGCAAAUGGCCUCCUGCCCCAAGCGCCCCUGCACUCAGAGUCCUUGAUGCACUCAGAAUUCGAACAGCGGACAGUCAUCGUAGACGGGGACGAGAAGGUCGAGACACACGAGGUCAAGCGCGUCUACGAGCAGCGAUGGUCAUCCUUUUUGCAUGCCGGCGCCAUCCUGCUCUUCGUCAGUCCUCCGUUCAUGAAAGUCCUCGGUCUGACCCCGACCAGUGUCCUUGCGGGUCUGUUCAUGUUCAUGGGCGAGCAGAGCCUUUCAGUCAAUCCAAUCCUCUACCGCACCUUCUACCUUCUUACACCCCCAUCCGAACUCCCACCUCUCCCUGCAUCACUCGCCAAACGAGAAACACCCUCAGAACUUAACCUCAACCCUAAUCCGAACAACACCAACACCACUACCACCGACACCAUACACCACCAAACCAACCCCCCAUCCUACCUCCCCAUCCACCUCUACACCCUCCUCCAAAUCAUCACCACUGUAAUAAUCUUCAUCAUAACCCUCACGCGCGGCGCGCCCGCAUUCCCCGUCUUAAUCGUCGCCCUGGUCCCGUUCCGCCUUCUCGUCAUGAACCGGUGGUGGCCGCGCGAAGUCCUCCGGUUCGUAGACGCCUGGGCCUGUCGCGAGGGAACGCCCGAGGAUGAUGAAGAUGCGGCGGAGAAGGAUCGAGAGGACAGUGGCGGGGAUGGUUGUUCCGAUAUUGGCGACGGUGUUGGUGAAGGGGUGUUUUCGGCGAGGGUGGAUGAGGUGGGGAUGGAGUUGCAGGACCUAGGGCAUGCGGGUUCUUCUCGUUAUGGGGCGGAUCGUGGGAGGGAGAUUAUGGAUAGGGUGGAGGGAAGGGGGGAUGAUCGGGCUGUGGAGAGCAGAGAUGCUGGGCAGGAUUGGGUGGAGUUGGGGUUUCAGAUGAGGGAGGAUGAGGAGCUGGGGAGGUCGGUGGAUGGGCGUUAA